AUACUUCCGCGUUCGCUCCAAGUUUGAGGCAAGGUAGUGUGUGGGCCACUAUGUCCCACCCAAAAAUCUGUGAAGGCAUCCGUUGUUCUGCCAGCGUCAGGCGAAACGGUGUAGUCUAGUUAAGUCACUUUCAGCCGGGUGGAGCAACACUAAUGCUGAAGAAACAACCAAAGAGCACUCACCGGGGGAAAAGUUUUAAACUAUGGAAUAAAGCUGCGGAUGAGAGUCAUUUCCAAGAAAAGGAGAAACAGGAUCAUCCUUCAGAAAAAGAGCACCCACAUGCUUCAUCCCCAGUUUCCCCUGAAGAGGAAUUUCGCACAUCACUGUGACAAAAGGGAUGAAUGAGGGCCGUUCCACUCUCUUCAGAAGGUGCCACCAAGCCUUGUCCAAGGCCGACACCCUCGGCUCAGUCUCUGCCAGAGCUUCUCCGUCUGUGGACUCGGGAAAUGGGGUGGGCGAUGUGGCCACGCCGUUGCAGGCGGACGCGGCCUUCCCUCUGUCUGAGCUGUCGCACCUGUUUGAGAGCGAGGACGGCUCCCCGUCCGCUCAGGACACAAGUCAGGACCCGGCCCUGGAGGCGGCUCAGCCCGGGCAGCCCGCGGACAGCAGACAGAACCUACGGAUGAAGUUCCAGGGUGCUUUCAAGAAGGGCAUUUCCACGCCAAUGGACUUACUGGAAUCUACCAUAUACGAGUCGAAUGUGGCUCCAGGCGCGAAGAAAGCCCCCAUGGACUCUCUCUUUGACUAUGGUACCUACAGAAACACUAGCAACCAGAAGAGACGCAGGAAGAAGCUCCCAAGAGGCAAAGCUGAGGUGUCUUGCGAUGAUGACCAGAGCUCGGACGCGCCAAAAGUGAUGAAAAUAUUCAACCGCUCUCUGCUCUUUGAGUGUGUGUCACGUGGAGACCCCGAAUCCCUCGAGGGCCUGUUGGAGUACCUGCAAAGUCAGGAAAAGAGGUUAACCGAUGAGGAGUUCAGAGAGCCAUCCACCGGUAAGACGUGUCUGCCUAAAGCUCUGUUGAACCUUUAUGGCGGCCAGAAUGACACCAUCCCACUGCUGGUGGACAUCGCAGAGAAGACCGGAAACCUCAGAGAGUUCAUAAAUACACCCUUCAGGGAUUUCUACUACAGAGGCCAGACCGCGCUCCACAUUGCCAUCGAGCGACGCUCUAAGCAGUACGUGGAGCUGCUGGUGGAGCAGGGGGCCGACGUUCAUGCCCAGGCGAGGGGACGCUUCUUCCAGCCCAGAGAUGAGGGAGGCUACUUCUACUUUGGUGAGCUGCCUCUGUCUCUGGCUGCGUGCACUAACCAGCCUGACAUAGUUCACUACCUGACAGAGAAUCCACACAAGAAGGCCGACCUGCGACGCCAGGAUUCGCGCGGAAACACGGUGCUGCACGCGCUGGUGCACAUUGCAGACAACACCAAGGACAACACCCGCUUCCUCACAAAGAUGUACGACCUUCUGCUAAUCAAGAGUGCCAAGCUUUACCCAGACUGCAGCCUGGAGACGGUGCUCAACAACGAUGGCAUGUCGCCGCUCAUGAUGGCCGCCAAACUGGGCAAGAUAGGGGUUUUUCAGCACAUCAUCCGACGUGAGAUCAAACACGAGGAAGCUCGUCACCUGUCACGUAAGUUUAAGGACUGGGCUUAUGGACCGGUGUAUUCCUCCCUCUAUGACCUGUCUUCUCUGGAUACCUGUGGAGAGGAGCCGUCAGUGCUGGAGAUCCUUGUCUACAACAGUCGCAAUGAGCAGAACCGUCAUGAGAUGCUGGCGGUGGAGCCCAUCAAUGAGCUGCUGAGGGCCAAAUGGCAGAAGUUUGCUGCUGUCUCUUUUUACAUCAGCGUGGUUUCCUACCUCAUCACCAUGAUCAUCUUCACCGUCGUGGCUUAUUACCACCCGACACAGGGAACGCCACCGCACCCGUACACCACAUCCUCCGACUACUGGCGGAUGGCAGGAGAGAUUGUUACAUUGGCAUCAGGAAUCUUCUUCUUCCUCACAAAUAUUAAGGAUCUCUUCCUGAAAAAGUGCCCCGGGGUGAAGUCUUUAUUUAUUGAUGGAUCCUUUCAGCUGCUGUAUUUCAUCUACUCUGUACUGAUUAUAGUCACAGCUGCCCUCUACCUGUCUGGCAUCAAGGCCUAUGUCUCUGUGAUGGUGUUUGCACUCGUCCUGGGCUGGAUGAACACGCUGUACUUCACACGAGGCCUGAAGCUCACCGGUACCUACAGCAUCAUGAUACAGAAGAUUCUUUUCAAAGACCUUUUCAGAUUUCUGCUGGUCUACGUGCUCUUCAUGAUUGGAUAUGCAUCAGCCUUGGUGUCCCUGCUGACAGUGUGCCCUCCCCCGGGCUCAGAGUGUGAAGGGGAAUGUCCCACUUACCCCAAGUGCAGGGACCCGGACACUUUCAGUACUUUCCUGCUGGACCUUUUCAAGCUGACCAUUGGGAUGGGAGAACUGGACAUGAUCUACAGUGCACAGUAUCCAGCAGUAUUUCUCAUCCUCUUAGUUACUUACAUCAUUCUCACCUUCGUGCUGCUGCUCAACAUGUUGAUCGCCUUGAUGGGGGAGACGGUGGGACAGGUGUCCAAGGAGAGCAAGAAGAUCUGGAAGCUUCAGUGGGCCACGACCAUCCUGGACAUCGAGCGCUCGUUCCCAGUCUGCCUUCGCAAGUCCUUUCGAGCUGGGGAGAUGGUAACCGUGGGGAAGAACUGCGAUGGCACACCGGAUCGACGCUGGUGCUUCAGGGUGGACGAGGUUAACUGGUGUCACUGGAACCAAAACCUGGCGAUAAUCAGCGAGGAUCCGGGCAAGAGUGAGACGAGCCAAGCCAACGGGCUGCCGCAAAGUGUCAGAGGCUUGAGGAGAGAUCGCUGGUCGACGGUGGUCCCGCGGGCAGUGGAGUUGAGCAAGGGAUCUCGGCCCCAAGAUCUGGUGGUAGAGAUGGAGCCGCUGACGUCCAGGCACUGAUGCCUGCAGAUGGGCUGCACUUGUCUUCAAAAGACAAGAGAAUCAGCAUCACUGAGAUCACUCUGAAGGGGAACAUUUGGCCAAUAAGAGUCCUCAUUUGCACACAAUUACUCAUAUGGACACAUUAAAUACAGUUAACAAUGGACCAGAAUAAAUAUGACAGCAAAACUGCAAUAAUUACAUGAUGGGUUGUACUUAUUUGUUUUGAACUCGUCACACAGGAACAGAAAACCUAUUAUAAAAUGUACUGUAAAUCUGCAUUCCAGACGUCACUCAGGGAAGAGAGUCAUAAUAUUUCAUAAUUUCCAGGGUCAUUAUGUUGUUGCAAAAAGCAGAAUCAUGGCUUUCCUAACAGUUUAGCAUUAGCGUCAUUACUGUAUUGUUGAAGUGGCAGUGUAAACAAAAGCUUAUAUUAGAAAUCCACAGAUAUCAUCUCAAUGGGAGAUAUGUCUUGCAUAGUCCUAUAAAUAUUUAUAGACUUAUAGCAUAGAAAUCUGAUUUUAUUUGCUGAUUUAUGCUGAUUUGAAUGUUUUAUCUUUCAGGCGGCACGGCUUCUGCAUAUAGAAAAAGGCUUUAUGUAUUUUAUGUAAUAUAUUUUCCAUAUUAUAUUAAUUAGUGUCAAAACUUUUGAAAGUGUCAGGCUGAGACUGCAAGCUCAGCUUUCACUUGAACUGAAACAAUGCACUAUGCCAGUCCUCUGAUGUGUGCAUUAUUAUAUGAACACAAAGACAUUAUUCUGAACAAGAUGGGCAUGAUGAGCAGGUUAUAGUUGUCAAGCAAAUAUGCAAAUGCGAGACAAUAGCCUCCCGUGUUAUGGUUUGUCUUUGAAUUUGCAGAGUUAUUGUUCCUUUGCAGCUGGGCUAUUUGCAUAAUCAACUCUCAGUCCUUGCCAUUAUGUACUUCCCUCUAUUUGCUGCAGUGUUUUCAUUGCAAUUGGCCCCUUGCCCUAUACAGCAUUUUUUUUUUUGUUUUUUCUAAAUGUGCAUCUACUGCAUGUGCUUGUGUCAUUGUGCUACACAACGGGCUUCAAUUCGGAGGAGAUAGACCGUACAGUUCUUUUUCGCUAUUUCAUUACAGUUGAAGGUCACAGGUCAUUGUUCACUUUGUUUACAUUCCUGAUAUGUGUCUUUGCAUUUUUAUAUUGUGUGUACGUUGCUGCACAGAACAGUAAACACUGUAUUUGAUAAACAA